GGUGAGGAGCCGCGAAUGGACGGACCGAAUCCUGAGCGAGGGCGGGGCCAGUCACUUCUACGUAAGCGCCACGCCCCUCCCACUUGCUCACGUGACGUAGCUGGGCUCGGAGCUGCAGAGCGAGCGUCGUUGGGGCUGGUCGCGGAGGGUUCUGAGUCGCCCCGUCAGCCAGACACCGAGCUAUGGGCCGGACGCCGAGGGUCCUGCUCGCCACGGCUUGCUUGGCCCUGCUGUGGUGGGUGGCGGCGGCGGCAGCCAGCUGUGCAGAUCUUAAAACCUGCAGUGAGUGUGUUAAUAGCACUAUUCCAAAAUGCAAGUGGAGUCAGUGCCAAGGAUCAAACUUUUCUUGUGAAAAUGCAACAAGACUUAACUGUACUACCAUUUCAGAGUGUUUUUAUUCAUCUACUGCUGCUACCACAGCUGCUAAUGCUACCACAGACGUUUCUCUACAAAACAGCUAACAUCACCAGUGCAACUUCACCUGCUGCUUCAUUUACUGCUUCAAGUACUCCAGUUCUCUCAACAGUCAGUACACCAGGUACAACCCAUACUACUGAGAGUCCCCCUAAACCAGCUCCUCACAAGUCUACAUUUGAUGCUGCCAGUUUCAUUGGUGGGAUUGUCCUUGUUCUGGGUCUGCAGGCUGUAAUCUUCUUCCUGUAUAAAUUCUGCAAGUCCAAAGAUCGGAACUAUCAUACUCUCUAGAGCCUGUCAUUUUACAAUGGACUAGUAGCCCAACUCCUGUAGUUCACUGAAACAAAAUAUAUUCUCUGUCCCACAUGGAACACCACAGUUCAGAAUAUCCUUUAAAUCUCCAAAAGAAGACUUUUUGAAAGGAUGAUAUUUUUGUAACACUGUACUUGGCAAGAGGUGGUAUGAAUCAUCUCUGGCUCAGCAGAGGUACUCCAUAUGCUGCAUGAGUCCUUGUGAUUCUUGUUUUUCCUUAGUGGCUGCAGCUGUGGGACUUUUCUUUUUUUUAAACUUGACAUGCCAAAUGUAGACUCUCAAUGAUUCUUGUAUUCAGUGGUAACAGUCUUGAGUAGACAAUCUCAUGAUGAUGAUUGUGGAGGCUAAUUUAAUCAACCAUAAAUGCGGUAUCCCUAUCAUUUUAUCAACAUAUGAAUUAUCAGUGACUGACUUCUGGGAGUGAAAUACCAUUUGUGCUAGCUUGUGGCUUUUGUAGUGUACUGCGAGGAAGGUUAACAAAGGUUUGUAGAAGUAGAAACUGUCUUCAUAAAAUAUCCUAUUGGAAGAAAAUAAUGCUAUACCCAUAUUUUUCUACAUGAGAAUUAAAGAUGCCAACUAGGAAUUGUAUUGCACAUUAAUUUCUUAAAUUUGGCCAUUAGUUGUUACAACUGAAAGGGUGGUGAGAAUAUUUCCCCUCCAUGUAAGAGGAAAUAAAGUCCAGUGCCUUAAAGAGAGAAAGUUAGGGUUGCAAAUUCAAAUGCUUGUGCCAUUUUUAUUUGUAUCAAAGUUAAAGGCUGAUGCAGUACUAGCCUAAUAGAGUAAAGCAGAGUACACCCUUCCAAUCUCAACAUUCACUACAACAAAAACAUGGCUAACAUUUUAUUUUCUGACCUUUUGAGAGGUUGACUUCUUUUGUGAAUGAGGGACUGGGAUAUUGGACUAAUUUUGAAGGUGAACUAAAUUUUCACUUGUCUCAAACUAUUUCUGGCCUGUAACAAGGCAGGCAUAGGAAGGCUAUAGCAUAAUUUCACAUUCCUGACUUCAAAAGAGCGCCAACUUAAAUAACAUUUUUUCAGACAAAUGUGAUCUAUUAUUAUUAGAGGUGUUCAAGAUUACUAGAACAGAGAAACAGUUUGCUUUGUGCAUAGUAAGUUUCACUGUUCUCCACUGCCUACAAACACUUUCUCCUCCUCUUUGUGUGGGCCUUUGAUGCAGCACUAUGGGAGUAAAACAAUAUAAGAUAAUGUUGGAAAUGGAUUGGGCAGGCUCAGCACUUGAAAAACUACAUUUUAACUAUUAAAAUUGACUAAAUUUCAAAUGGAUGGUGUUCCUUAUCCCCAUUUUGAAGAAAUUCUAUAGCCUUAUGCAGCCACUGACUUGCAUGAUUGAAAUGUUUACCUUAAACUGGGUGUUUAAACAUUGACCGCAUGAUUACUAAUUAAGUCAUGGCAAUGUAUGGGUUUUAUAACUUAAUAAGUAAAUGAAAAAGCAUUUUAGUUGCAGUGAGUUUUAUUUCCUCAUGCUCUUCUGCCUUGGAAAGCAUUCACUUUGUUAUGCUGCAUAAAAAACUAAACUUGCUAUAUAAAAUUGUUACCAGACAGUGCUGUACCUUCAGAGAAUUUCAGGUUAAUGUACUCCUGACAAAAGCCAGGCAGUCAGCUCAGGUUUAUUAAACAGACUGACCACCCAACUUCCAGCAAGCACUGUUUGUCUGGAUUGGAUGGUGUAUCCUUGGCCUUAUAUUGUAAAAUCAUUUAGUCUGUCAUUCCCCUCUCCUUAAAUUGUUUCAUAACUUAAUUUGGGCAGAGGAACAUGCUCUAUGCACUUAUUUCUAUAAUGUGACAAAUAAGACCUCCCACUUUUCAUAAAACAGUUUUAUUUAGUAUUGUGCCUAAUUCUCUAAAAGCUCUGUCUAACAUUUUGGUCUUAGAAACUUGCAGCAAAAGGCUACAGGAGACUUAAGGAAAACAAAGCUAGAGUUAAACCUGGAGUUGAUUAAAGCAUUUUUAGCAAAAUUUUACACAGUAACUGAAUUAGUCUCACACUGAUCUUGAUUUAUGUUAGAAAAUGUGCUCAUUAAGCAAUCAUUUUUUCAAGUGCCUUAAUUGUUUUAAAAUCUCUGGCCUCAGAUUUGUUGGAAAAACCAAUGGGGGGAACUUGCCUUAGUUACUAAAAUAAUCCUUUGGUGUCAGCAAUUGCUACUUACCAAGACUUAAGAAACCCAGGAUCUUGGUGCCAUUGAUGUCAAUCUUAAGGAAGCUCUAAUUUUGUAAUGCAGAGUUAUUGCAGAACUAUAGGUUUAGUCUUGUUCUAGGAAGGUGUAAGUUUUGUGCAGCAGCCUAUAUGCUUGCCUUGCUAGACAGACUAACUUCCAUAUGCUGCUGAUAAAAUCAUAGCUAGGACUUAGUUUCUGUCUGGCAACUCAGUCUAGGUUGCCAGACAUGUGCUUAGGCUGCCUUGCUAUGGUUUUUGUUUUGUGUUUUGUUAAAAUUAAGACAGCUUCCUUGCAAAAUUACAGUGCCAGGUAGUCUGUGCUGGCUACUAGCAUGUGACUAACAGAACUUUCAGGUCCUCUUAGUUCUGUUUUGAAGCAGAAGGUAGCUUCUUAAAUUGUCUCCAUGGGGUAGUUUUAUUUGCCAUUAGGCUGCCUCUUUAAAUCAGAGCUUAAGCACUGAACAGUAGUGACUCUUUUUUCAAGCUGUUUAUCAUCUGACUUGUUCCUGAAACCACCUUGUGCAAAUAUAUAUUUAUCAAACCUGAUAUCUUAUGAAUGUUCCUUGCAGACAUUGCUGUAUUGUUUGUAUUUUGUGUUCAGUGGAAGAAAUGCAAAACAAAACUAAUCAGAAAACCAAAUUGACAAAUAAAAUCACAUUUAUUGAAUGAA